GAAGAAAAAAAAAGAACUUUUUUUUUUGUAUCCCGAGUUAACAAAACGUUUGUGCACAGAAGAAAGCGAUGAUGAAAGAGAGAAUUCAGUAAAUAUACGAGUAUUCUUCCAGUGGGGGAAGCUAUGGAUUAUGUCUUCAUGAAAAAAAAGGAAUACAAUCAAGAUUUAUCACGUUUUCAUAGUGUGAACACGAACAAGCUGAGAAAGCAGCUUCUACAGCAUAUAGAUAUGGCCCAGGAGACAAACCAGAGCCCAGUGUUGUGCGCUAUGGGCUGCGGCUUUUAUGGUAAUCCUAGGACAAGUGGGAUGUGCUCGGUAUGCUACAAGGAGCACCUGCAGAGGCAGCAAAGCAGUGGCAGAAUUAGUCCAAUGGGUACUAGCAGUGUUUCCAAUAGUCCUACCUCAGACGCUUCCGCUAUCCAGAGAAUAGAAGCUAGUUUAAGUAACUCGGAAGCCAUUUCCGCCAGCAUGGCUGACACAUCAAGAGGUGUGCCGGCAGCUUCAUUGCCUGUGACGCAACAAAUGACAGAAAUGAGCAUUUCCAGAGAGGAAAAUGUCACAACACCAAAAGCUGAGGCAGCAGAACCAGUUGUAACUCAGCCUACUGCAUCAGCUUCCCACCCCAGUGCACCAGGAAGUGAUGAAGCAACAGCCCCAGAACUGCCCAAAACAAGGAAGAACAGGUGUUUCAUGUGUAGAAAGAAGGUUGGCCUAACAGGUUUCGGUUGUCGCUGUGGAAAUUUGUUCUGUGGACUUCACCGAUACUCUGACCAGCACAACUGUCCAUAUGAUUACAAAGCAGAAGCUGCAGAAAAGAUCAGGAAAGAAAACCCUGUUGUUGUAGCUGACAAGAUCCAGAGAAUAUAAGGUGUAAAACCUUAUGCUGAACAGUGUGGAUAAAGGACUAUUUUUUUUUUUUUUUUAUGAUUCUGAUCUUGAAAAUCCUAUACAGAGCAGAUGCAUGAUUUGUUUUAUUUUAAAUGUUCUAAAAUGUUUUUGUUUGUGGUGUAUGUUUAUCCUCCUGGAUUUAAAAAAAAAAAAAAAACAAAAAAAAAAAACCUGCAGCCCCGGGCAUCAUUUCAGGAGAUCUCAAAUACUGUCCUACAGUUUCUUUUUGUGUCCUCAGACUCUGAUAGCUCUCCUCUUGAAACUUGCCUUCAUCUUCAUGCCAAAAGUGGGAUUGGAUAUUCGUCAUAUUCAUAUUCAUUGUUUUGCUUCUUUUUGUACAGAAAAGCUAUCAAAAUGUUGUUGCUGUUUGAUUGGAUAGCUGUCUAAAUACCAACUGUAUUACUGCUAGAGUUACAGAGACAGACCAGAGAUAUACAAUGCAUGUUCUAUUCAUUGUUUUACAGUUCUGUUCUGACAAAGGUGAGGCAAAUCUAAACACACAUAAUCCUAUCUUUCAUGUCCUUGGCCUUUUCUUCAUUAACGACAUAUUCAACCAAGCAACAUUUUUAAUGUCACUCUGUUGCUUUCUGAAUUGUCUAACUGUAGCUCAACAAGUAAUUAAACAUACCUUAAUUUAUGUUGUGCCAUAUUUCAUCACUGGUCAAUUUGAAGCGCUACUUCUGCUGCCAGUGCACAAUGAAAUGAGUAGGCUAGUGACUAUAUAAGAUUGCUGCAUAUAACUUCUUAUUGUAGUUCUUCAUUUUGCGAUGGAGAUUUGAUACCUGAAACAAUGCCCAGUAGUCUGUCUUUUACUUGGGUGUAGAAGUUGGGUAUUAUUGGGUGUAUUGCAUGGGUUGCAUAGCUACAACAAUGUAAAAUAUCUGACGUGUAUAAAUGGCAAUAUACUUCACUAAUGCGUGUUCAAUAUUUUCACAUUUGUUCAAAAUUAUUUUAAUUUUUGUGAUGUCUAGAGGUUGUGCUGAUACAUAUGUAGUGUUUGUGUGUGUGUAUAAUGGGUAUGUGAGAUGCACUGUCUCUCACUCACUCAUGCACACACACGUUUGUUUGCAUACAGAGGGUAUUCCCAGUAAUAUGAACUCCCUGUUCCCAUGUUUUUUUUCAUGUGCCGCAAGAAUCGCAAGAUUGUUGUAGGAUCUUAUUGCACAUAACAAAGCAAGUGAACCUUUUAGUGUUUUAACAGGGUUCAUGAACAGUGAGCGAAGAAAUAAACCAACAGGUGAAAAUAAAGUCUUUUUUUUUUUUCUCUGAAGAGAUAAACUGCAAAAUUCAUGAUGCUAAUGACAGCAGAAUAUGUAUUUAAGCCCUGGUUGUUACACCUUUUAUAUUCCCUGAGUGUACACUGAAUAAAAUGUUUACAAAACUUUAGCGACACUAGAAGUGGACAUUUUUAAAUGAAAACCAUUCUAAAGAAUUGUAUUAGUUGUAGAAGUUUCUUUUAUUUUAGUUUUUCACAGUCCACUUUAGAUGUCUGAUGGGGCUUGUACCCUUCCCUUGUCAAAACCCAGCUGGUUGCAAUAUGAAAAUCUUGGAUUUGACCCCUGUAUACAUGUAUACCUAUAUAGUUCAAAUUAUCAGUGUGGUAACAUAUUCUCGUCUCAUAUUUAUAUAUAUAUAUAUAUAUAUAUAUAUAUAUAAUUAUAUAAAUUUGGCUGCCUGGCAUCUGUUUGUUUCUAAUAUAGGAAUGUGAGGUUUUGCUUUAAUAUUUUGUUUUUAUUUUCACUUUAGUUAUGCAAAUUUGUAAAAAGUGUGUUCCUAUUUAUGUAUUACAUAUAAUCUUGCUACCCAGCAUUAAUGCUCAACUGUAUUAUGUAAAUAAAAUUAUGUACAGUGAGA